AUGUUUCACCUGUCAACAGCGCCACCACUCCUUGCUCCACUGGCCUUCGCACCAGUCAAGCCAGACUACGUCUCCGGCACAGGGCUUACCGCCGAAUGGGCCCUCAAGGAAUCCAGGCGAGGCCCGCUGGAAAGUGAAGGCACUCAUCCUUCCUCAUCUUACUGCAUAUGUACCACCUCCAGGCUGACGCAUGAUGUAGGAAACUUUCUAGACGGACUCGCUCUUGCUGAUCCUGAGAUCAACUCAGCCGAUCCCAUAGAUAUAAUUAUCGGUGCGGAUGUGUACCAUACAGGAAGAGCGCUGUUCAGCUUAACUUGCACUAUUGAUGAGGACUUCUCCAGACUUAUCACUCGUUUCUGGGAACAAGAGCAGGCUGAAUCAGUCAAGCCCACCCCUCUAACGCAGGACGAGCGUGAGUGUGAAGAACAUUUCGCUAAAACGCAUAAAAGGAACACUGAUGGACGGUACGUCCUCCGACUGCCCUUCAGGCCCAAUCGUAUCUACUUAGGAAACUCCAGGCCAGCUGCGCUCGCUGCACUUCAUCGAUUGGAACAACGGCUUAAGAGAUGCCCCUCUGUCAAUGAAAAAUACAAUGAAUUCAUGGAAGGAUACAUCUCUCGCGGCCACAUGAAAGAAAAGUCGACACUUGCUUCAAGCUCUAACGAAAAACCUUCCUUUAUACUACCUCAUCAUGGUGUAUUCAAGACGCACGGAGAUAUGAGCAAACUUCGCGUCGUUUUCAAUGGCUCAGUAAAACUGCCAAAAGGACUGCCAAUCAAUGACUGUUUGCAUCCUGGCCCAAAGUUGCAACUCGACAUUUUCGACGUUCUGUUGCGUUGGAGAAGCUUUCGAUACUGCUUCUCGGGCGACAUUGAAAAAAUGUUUCGCCAAAUCCUCAUUGACGAGCGCGACCAGGCCUUUCAAUAG